AUGGAGAGGCGCAGCGGGGUAGCCCUCGCUCGUCUGCCGGCGUGGGAGGACUGCGCCAUAUCCCUGCCUGAGGUGGCCCUACAUCACCACCGACGUGAGCCGCCUCAGGUGCCGCUCAGGGAGCUCUACGCGAACGGCCACAGCGGCGCAAGAUGGGCCGAGGCAGUGGGCAGCGCGAGCGUGGGGUCGAUGGUGGUGAGCCUCAAGGAGGUGAUGGACGCCGGGGAGUGGCAUUCCUCGCCUACCCCCUCAACGGUCUUCUCGUCGUCUUCCUCUCGCUCCUCUACGUGCAACUCGGAGUCAGACCUGUCCGAGACCGGCAGCGUCGACGACGAACCCACCAAAAGGAAGAAGGCCGCCUCCGCCAAGAAGGGCAGCAGCAAGCGAGAAAAGAGCAACAACAAGCUUCACAAGGCCAAGGGCGCCAUCUACGGCAAGGAAGACGGCAAGAGAAUCCUCCACGCCGCCACCUUUGAGCGCAUCGUGCAGUGGAUCAUCAAUAAGGAAGGCAGCGAAGAACAGAGCACAACGGCAACGAGCCCACGUGGCUCGGCGCCGGAAGUAGAGGUGAGCGCGGUGGGUCGUGCCUUCAUCGGAGCCUACCGUCAGCACGCCUCCCCCGAACGUCUUCUCUCCCUCGUUGCCGAGUUCUACCGCAACCCGCCCAAGCGAGGCAAGCGCACGACGCCGCAAGAGAAGCAGAGAAAUUGCGUGUACUUCUUGGGGGCGUGGAUGGAGGAGGCCUUCACGAGGGACUUCUACCGAUGCGUGCAUAAGGCCCAACAGCCUCCCGCCAACAGCCGAUGCCUCAAGCAGCUGCUGGGCCUGCUGACCCACGUGGCCGAGAGCUACCCUGUGGAAGUCAACCGCGUCAAGCUCACCAUGCUGCGAAAAGCGAAUGAAGCACCACGACCACCAAGCCCGCUCCCGGAGUAUACAAAGAAGGAGGGAACAAGCGCAGGCCGACCGGAUGUCCUGACGUGGGACCUCACCGAGCUUGCCGAACAGAUGACCCUCAUGGAGUCGUCCAUGUUCACCGCCAUCCAGCCCCGGGAAUUUCACAAGCUGGCGUGGCGGAAGAAUGACACCCGCAAGAAGACCUCUCCACAUAUUGUGGCCGUGGUCGAACGGUUCAACACGGUGUCGUACUGGGUGGCAUCCAGCAUCGUGAUGUGCAACGACAUCAAGAAGCGAGUCACCAUGGUGAAGCGGUUCGUCAAGCUGGCCGAGGGCGUCAAUGAGACCACGAAGCAGUCCCUGGAGGCCCUGGAUGUACUGAUGGAAAACAAGGCCAACUACAAACAGUAUCGCGACCUGCUGCUGAAGGAAGAGUUCACUACAGCGCCCGUCGUCCCUUACCUCGGUCUCUACCUCAGGGAUCUGACGUUCAUCGACGAGGGGAACGCCGACCGCGCAGACGAGCUCAUCAACUUCGAAAAGCUGGUGAUGCAGGGUGACAUCAUCCUGCAGAUCACCAAGUGGCAACAAAACGGGCGCUACGACUUCAAGCCCGACCCCGAGCGUCAGCUCUCCCUCACCAAGCUUCUCGUCCUGCCCGAAGACAUCCUGUACAAAAAGUCCGAGGCCAUCGAGCCCUCCUCGCUGCCGCACACCCAAC